CAUUUCUGUUAUCCUUAUUGUCCCUUCCAAGAUAUACCUUCUAACUUUUCCUAUUUCAAAAGGAAGUAAGAAAGGUCGAAAGUUCUUGUUAGGGACCUCUUUUGUUUAACUUUCUAGCACUUUGAUUGUUGUGGUAUUUUGUUGUAGUGACUACUCCUUUUAUGUAUUCUUUCUUGAACAUUUUGUCUUGGCUUCUUCUCUCUCCCUAUGUUUUCUUUUUUUCGAACUGCUUUUACUUGAGCCGAGGGUGUAUUGGAAGCAACCUCUCGAUCUCCUAAGGUAGGGGUAAGGUCUGUCUACAGACUCCACUUCCCAGACUGGGCAUGUUGUUGGUGGAAGAAGCGAUUAUGAUGGAAACUUCCUUCAGGAAUAAAUCCAUCACUCGUUCCACUGUCAAGCUGCAAGUUGGGGUUUCUUUUGAUGGUGCAGUUAGUCAAGUUGUGUUGAAAUAUCAAUUUUAUAAUUUUUUGUGAUGGGUCUUGGAAUUCUUAAAAGGUUCUUUAAGAAGGAUUACGCCUGCAUUCUUUAAAGGACUGUGCAAGUAUCUCAGUUAUGAAUCAGGCAAAAAUCAAGCGCAGAGUUGGUAAAUAUGAAAUGGGAAGGACAAUUGGUGAGGGAACAUUUGCUAAAGUUAAGUUUGCGAGGAAUUCGGAGACAGGAGAAGCUGUAGCGAUCAAGAUUCUUGAUAAGGAUAAGGUCCUUAAGCACAAAAUGGCUGAGCAGAUAAAGCGGGAGAUAGCUACAAUGAAGUUAAUUAGACAUCCACAUGUCGUUCAGUUAUACGAGGUGUUGGCUAGCAAGACAAAGAUAUUCAUUGUUCUGGAGUUCGUUACAGGCGGAGAGCUCUUUGACAAAAUUGUAAAUCAUGGACGGAUGCAUGAAAAAGAAGCAAGGAAAUACUUUCAGCAGCUUAUUAAUGCUGUUGAUUAUUGUCAUAGCAGGGGAGUCUACCAUAGAGAUUUAAAGCCUGAGAAUUUACUCUUGGAUGUCAAUGGAAACCUCAAGGUUUCUGAUUUUGGAUUGAGUGCUCUGUCCCAGCAAGUCAGGGAUGAUGGCUUACUCCACACCACAUGUGGAACUCCCAACUAUGUUGCUCCUGAGGUACUCAACGAUCAUGGAUAUGAUGGUACAACCGCGGAUCUGUGGUCGUGCGGAGUCAUACUCUUUGUAUUGCUUGCAGGUUACUUGCCUUUUGAUGACUCCAAUCUUAUUAACCUGUAUAAAAAAAUCUCUGCUGCUGAAUUUACAUGUCCUCCUUGGAUGUCUUUUGGUGCUAUGAAGUUAAUUACUCGCAUCUUGGAUCCGAACCCUAUGACACGUAUCACCAUCUCAGAAAUUCUGGAGGAUGAGUGGUUCAAGAAAGAUUAUAAAUCUCCCAUUUUUAAUGAGAAAGGAGAUGCCAACCUGGAUGAUGUUGAAGCUGUCUUCAAGGAUUCUGAAGAACAUCAUGUAACAGAGAAAAAGGAAGAGCAGCCAACUCCCAUGAAUGCAUUCGAGUUGAUUUCAAUGUCAAAAGGACUCAACCUUGGGAAUCUCUUCGAUGAACAGGAAUUUAAGAGAGAAACAAGGUUCACAUCUAAAUGCUCGGCCAAUGAAAUUAUCAGUAAGAUUGAAGAAGCUGCAAAGCCCCUCGGUUUUGAUGUUCACAAAAAGAACUACAAGAUGAGACUUGAAAAUGUCAAAGCUGGAAGAAAAGGGAACCUUAAUGUUGCCACUGAGGUAUUUCAAGUUGCCCCUUCUCUUCAUAUGGUUGAAGUCCGAAAGGCAAAAGGAGAUACUUUGGAAUUCCACAAGUUCUACAAGAAUCUUUCGACUAGUCUAGAGGAUGUAGUGUGGAAAACUGAAGAGGACAUGCAAGCUAGGUAGUAUUACUACCAUGAACUGCAAUUGCAUAAGCUUUUGCUGGUCCCACAAUCUGUGUAAAAAACUUUGCAACUUGUUUCUUUCUUUCCCUUUUUUUUGUCAUUUGGUCUGUUCUUUGUAGUGGGACUUUUUUCUCCCAUGAGCUAAUGGCCAACUGUUCUAUUUCAUCAUGGAGUAGGACUUUUGUUCCUAUUUGAUUUGAUUUGCAGUUUGUAUAACAAAUAUACACUUUUGAGAAAUGUAUACAACUCUUCAGCCC